AUGCAGUUCGUGAAGGACGAUCCAGAACUUGGUGAUCUUGAUUACGCGAAUGACGUUGGUGAAGAAUGGGAUCCCAUAGAGGACGAUAUCAGCUCCACAGCGAGACCCAUGCUUGGAGUCACGCCGUCAGCGUUCACGCGACUCGACGGUUACAGACAUACCAUCGUAUCCGCUGUUGAUCCUAUCGCUGCUACCAAUGAACGGCCGAGGAUAUUGGAUGAUUCCCAGGCGACCGCAGAAGAGCGGGUAGCAAUCCGCAAGGGAGUGCUAACGAACAUGGCAUCCGUGGUUCGCGCCUACAAGUGCCUCACGCCGCAGCCGCGCUGGCUCACUGUGAGGAAACUCGCGCCAGCUGCUGAUACAGUUUACACGCCCCCUUGCGUACAACUCCACCGCUGUGCCCCAGACUCCGGCUGCUGCUACAACGAGGCAGAAGUUUGCGCGCCCGUUGAUGGAAAAUACGUCGCCAUUCCUUUCUUCCUUAACAAAGCGGACGGGAACUUGACAGCAGCUCGGAUGCUGUUCUUCAACCACACGAGAUGCGCCUGCGUAUCCAAGGAUACCUUACAAAGCACAGCCCGGACACGCCUCGAUCGGAUCGAUAGAAUUGAUCGGCCGGAGCGACCGGAUCGCAAGGAUCGGAUCGAUCGGACGGAACGGACACGUGACUUCAGAGAACGGCAGAACGACUGGCGACCGCCCACUGAAGAACCUUCGAGAGAGGAGGACCAGACGUCUCCACCAUUGUUGAAGAGGUGCGCGUGCCCGGGCUUCUUCCGCAGCCGGAUCAGCAACGGCGCGUGCACGUGCGCGUGCGACUGGGCCGAGGCGAGCAAGCGGCGCGACUGCCUGUCGCUGGGCCGCGGGCGCGAGCACUUCGGGCUGCGCGACCGGCUGUGCAUCGCGCGCGGCGAGUGCGCGCCGCCCGCGUGCGAGCACGGCGCCUACGAGCGGCACGCCGGCCGCUGCCCGCUGCGCCGCUACCGCCGCCGCUACCGCCCGCGCCGCGCCUGACCGCCUGACCGCCGCGCAGUUGCUGAUGAUGAUAAAUCAUCCGGACGUUUUGACUUCGCGAGUGAGAUGAAGGGCUGCACAUAGUCUUCACUUCAAUGGAAAUAAAUUCAAUUUAAAAUCUAAUUAUCGAAAACAAAAAAAGCAGUAAACUUAAAGAUAAUAUUGUUAUUACUACUAUCAACAUUCAUCUAAUAAUGGAGCCAUUGUAACAUCAUUAUUAUUGCCAAUUUACACAUAUAGAAGUAGGAAAAUACCUGACAAUACUGUGACAUGACUAGCCCUUUGCCGAUUCCGCCGGGUUGACCUCGGAUCAAAA